AUCCCGCGGCUUCGGACCCGCCCGGCCCGGACAUGGCGAGCGUCCGGGCCUCCGCGAGAGGCGCGCUGCUGCUUCUGCUGUCCGCGGCGGGGGUCGCGAAGGUGACCGGGGGCCUGGCCCCGGGCAGCGCGGGUGCUGUGUGCUGUAAUCAUUCAAAGGAUAACCAAAUGUGCCGUGAUGUGUGUGAGCAGAUUUUCUCCUCAAAAAGUGAAUCCCGACUGAAACAUCUGUUGCAGAGAGCCCCAGAUUAUUGCCCAGAGACAAUGGUUGAAAUUUGGAGUUGCAUGAACUCAUCUUUGCCAGGUGUAUUUAAGAAGUCGGAUGGCUGGGUUGGCUUAGGCUGCUGUGAGCUAGCCAUUGGCUUGGAGUGCCGCCAGGCAUGCAAGCAGGCAUCUUCAAAGAAUGAUAUUUCCAAAGUUUGCAGGAAAGAAUAUGAGAACGCUCUUUUCAGUUGCAUUAGCAGAAAUGAAAUGGGCUCGGUGUGCUGCAGUUACGCGGGGCAUCACACCAACUGCCGAGAAUUCUGUCAAGCCAUUUUUCGAACAGACUCCUCUCCUGGACCAUCUCAGAUCAAAGCAGUGGAAAAUUAUUGUGCGUCUAUUAGUCCACAGUUGAUACACUGUGUGAACAAUUACACCCAGUCGUAUCCAAUGAGAAACCCAACUGACAGUUUGUACUGCUGUGACAGAGCUGAAGAGCAUGCUUGCCAGAGCGCCUGCAGGAGGAUUCUAACGUCUAAGAAGACAGAAAUGGAGAUUGUGGACGGCCUCAUUGAGGGUUGCAAGACCCAGCCCUUGCCUCAAGAUCCUCUUUGGCAGUGUUUUCUCGAAAGCUCACAGUCAGUUCACCCUGGAGUCACCGUGCACCCUCCUCCCUCAACCGGCCUUGAUGGGGCCAAAUUGCAUUGUUGCUCUAAAGCAAACACCUCAGUGUGUAGGGAAUUGUGCACGAAACUCUACAGCAUGAGCUGGGGAAACACACAGAGCUGGCAGGAGUUUGACCGCAUCUGUGAAUAUAACCCCGGGGAAGUGUCCAUGCUGGCCUGUCUGGCUGAUGUCCGGGAGCCUUGCCAGUUGGGUUGUACAAACCUUACUUACUGUACAAACUUUAACAACAGGCCAACAGAACUUUUCAGGAGCUGCACGGCGCAGUCUGACCAGGGCGCCAUGAGUGACAUGAGGCUGUGGGAGAAGGGCAGCAUAAAGAUGCCCUUCAUCAGCAUCCCCGUCCUGGACAUUAGAACCUGCCAGCCAGACCUGUGGAAGGCCGUCGCCUGCUCCCUGCAGAUCAAGCCGUGCCACAGGAAGUCCCGAGGGAGCAUCAUCUGCAAAUCAGAUUGUGUAGAGAUUCUCAAGAAAUGUGGAGACCAGAAUAAAUUCCCUGAAGCCCACACAGCUGAAAGUAUCUGUGAGUUCCUGUCCCCUGCAGAUGAUGUGGAGAACUGUAUACCUCUGGACACAUACCUCAGGCCAAGUGCUUUAGGCAACAUCAUAGAGGAAGUGACUCAUCCCUGUAAUCCAAAUCCUUGCCCAGCCAAUGAGCUCUGUGAAGUAAACCGAAAGGGGUGUCCGUCUGGAGAUCCCUGCCUUCCGUACUCCUGUGUUCAAGGCUGCAAAUUGGGAGAAGCGUCUGACUUCAUUGUCCGCCAAGGGGCACUGAUCCAGGUGCCAUCCUCUGCAGGGGAAGUUGGUUGUUACAAAAUCUGUUCCUGUGGACAAAGUGGCCUCUUGGAAAACUGCAUGGAAAUGCACUGUAUUGACCUCCAGAAGUCUUGCAUUGUUGGAGGGAAAAGAAAGAGUCAUGGAACAUCCUUUACCAUCGACUGCAAUGUCUGUUCUUGUUUUGCCGGCAAUUUAGUGUGUUCCACCCGUCUGUGCCUCAGUGAGCACAGUUCAGACGAUGACCGCCGCGCCUUCACAGGUCUGCCCUGUAACUGCGCAGAUCAGUUUGUCCCAGUGUGUGCACAGAAUGGACGCACUUACCCCAGUGCCUGCAUCGCUCGCUGUGUGGGUCUCCAGGACCAUCAGUUUGAGUUUGGACCUUGUAUCUCCAAGGAUCCCUGUAAUCCUAACCUCUGCCCCAAAAGCCAAAGAUGUGUGCCCAAACCGCAAGUCUGCCUGACUACUUUUGAUAAAUUUGGAUGUAGCCAGUAUGAGUGCGUGCCCAGACAGCUCACGUGUGACCAGGCCCGAGAUCCUGUGUGUGACACAGAUCAUGUGGAGCACAGCAACCUCUGCACUUUGUACCAAAGAGGAAAAAGCCUGUCCUACAGAGGCCCGUGCCAGCCUUUCUGCAGAACCACGGAGCCUGUUUGUGGGCACAAUGGUGAGACGUACAGCAGUGUGUGCGCUGCCUACUCGGAUCGUGUGGCAGUGGAUUACUAUGGGCGCUGCCAGGCUGUCGGGGUCCUCUCGGAACACAGUGCUGUGACCGAGUGUGCUGCUGUGAAGUGUCCUUCCCUCUCAGCUAUAGGUUGCAAACCCAUCAUUCCACCAGGGGCUUGCUGCCCAUUAUGUGCUGGGAUGCUACGGGUUUUAUUUGACAAAGAAAAGUUGGACACAAUUGCUAAGGUGACAAACAAGAAGCCGAUAACCGUUCUGGAGAUUCUCCAGAAGAUCCGCAUGCACGUGUCUGUGCCGCAGUGCGAUGUGUUCGGGUACUUGAGCAUCGAGUCAGAGAUUGUGAUCCUGAUUAUUCCUGUGGACCAUUAUCCCAAAGCUUUGCAGAUUGAGGCCUGCAAUAAGGAAGCAGAGAAAAUCGAGUCCCUCAUCAACUCCGACAGCCCCACGCUGGCAUCCCACGUCCCGCUGUCCGCCCUCAUCAUCUCCCAGGUGCAGGUGUCCAGCAGUCUCCCGUCAUCCGCUGUUGUGGGCAGGCUUCCUCCCGUCCACUCGUUGCCCCUCUUCCUCAGCCUGGGCCUCACUGUGCACCUGCUCCAGACCUGUCCCUGACCACCCUGCAAAGCCUUCCUCCACCCAGCCGUCCCAGCCUGUGAAAGACAUUCAGGACUGCAAGACGGUGACCAAGCAAAAACACGUGCGGGUCACCUCUUAGCACCACACAGUAUUUUUUAAUCUGCCAAUAUUAGGGGUUUUGCCUUGAUUUUUAAAUGGUAAACUAGACUGCCCCAAUGUAACAGAAGACAACGACGCUCACUGGUGGAUCACUGGGCAGUUUACGAUUGCUCAGUAGAGGACUCCCCUGGCCCAAAGCCAGCUUGCCAUCGCUGAUCAAUACAUGGCCACUUACAGGAGGAGGCCCUGCUUUGUGCCCUAGUCCCCUCAGAGUCCCCGUGAGUGCUGAGGCUGCCGUGUGCUUGUUUCUGUCCGGAAGCUGAGGGCUCAGGAGAAGCCACAGCCGUGACGGAGUGGGAGGAGAGAAACACGGUUGAAGUAUCACUAGUUCAUCAGGGCUGACUCCGUAGAAAUGUAAGGCAGGCUCUAGUGUGUCACAAAAGCACUCAUGUGCCUGUCUCACAACUGGCCCUCUCAGCAGCUGCCCUUCUGUGCCUGUGAUGGGAGUGGCCCCAAGCGAGCGGCCAAGCACCUGUAUCAUGCAGCCUUGGAUUAGCAGAGACACUCGGCAGUACUCCCACGUUCACAGGGUCAGAGGUCAGGCUUUAAACCACUUGCUGCUACUAUGUAAUUGCCAAAAGUAAGGUAACUAGUCGUCCGUGUAGGUAGUACAUGAUAAUUUUAUUCUGAAGGUGAAUAGCCAUAUGUGUAAAUGACAAUCAUGUGUUAGCCAUGCUUCCGUUCAUGAAGACACAUCUGCUCUUAUAAUGUGCGCAGUGUGGAUAUGUGUGUGUCUGACUUUCCUUUUAUAUAGAACUAUAAAGAAUGUGGUUUAUAUAUUUAAAGUGUCAGGCUAAAUAUUAGAAUGUUUGCAUGUUAUCUAAGAAAUUGAAUACUUUGAAUGUUUUACAGUUUGAAAUAAGCUAUUAAUGUAAUACUUCCUGUUUGUAUGCACCUGAACUUAGAUUUUAUAUGAAGUAUUUUUCAGUGUUGUAUGUACCCUCUGAGAUACUCAAUAUGCUUGUCAUACCAAAUGUUGUCGAGCAGUGGGCACUUAGUGCUUUCGGAGGAGCUCAGUGCUGAUGUUCUGUACCUCUGGCAGUUGCCUGUUUCUGUCUAAGUGUCCUCAACAUACUAGACUUUAUUAUAUGUAUAUUCCAAAUAUAGUAUUACAGAAUAUACUAUAUAUAUUCUAUAUAUACAGCAAUAUACUAGAAAGCUUUUCUAUUUUAAUAAAAGUAAUUUUAUAUGAUCA